AUGACAACCGACCAGCCUUCGCUGACCCUCACUUCAGUCGCCUCCCAGGGAAACUCUGCCGGUCACAUGGAAACUUCAUCUAGUGGUGAAGCAAACAAGGAACACAACAAUCACCAUCAAGGCGACACAGACACCAUCUCUCCCGCCCCAACGUCUGGCACGGACAACAGAGUCGAGCCCGAGGGACCGUUCGUAUCUACCUCGGACGAGGUCGUCAGAACCUCCUCCAGGGGCCCGCACUCCGAUGUUGACGCCGCAGACGCAUCCACCGUCGAUACCUACCGGCCCGAUCCCUAUGACUUCGGUCGGCACCGCCGUGAUAAUGUUUCCAAGAAGCAAAUGGGCAUCGAUCAUCCCAAGGGCAACAAGAGGAAGCUGAAGAAGUUCUAUAACCGACAGAAUGAGCUCAUUGACCAGUUUCUUGGUGCCGAGGACGAGGAGAGACAGCAGGUUGCUGAAGAUGCGCGAGUGGCCCCCAAAAUUAAAUUCGCCGUCAACGCCUCCUUCACUGUCAACUUCUGCCUGUUCAUCAUCCAGCUUUAUGCUGCCGUCUCGACCGGGUCUCUAUCGCUUUUCGCUACUGCAGCCGACGCUUUCAUGGACCUAGUCUCCUCCUUCGUGAUGCUAAUCACCUCACGGAUGGCGGCCAGGCCUAGUAUAUACAAGUACCCCGUGGGACGAACCAGGAUAGAGACGAUUGGUAUCAUCUUGUUCUGUGCACUGAUGACCACCGUCGCCAUUCAGCUUUUGGUUGAGUCAGGCCGCGCACUUGGCGAAGGUCAACGCACCUCUGAGCAGCUGCACAUCGUGCCCAUCGUUAUCGUCGGUGUAGCCAUCUUUGCCAAGGGCUCCUUGAUGGUAUACUGUUUUGCUUACCGAAAAUAUCCCUCGGUGCACGUCUUCUUUAUCGACCACCGCAACGACAUUGUUGUCAACAGCUUUGGACUUAUCAUGUCCGUCGUCGGAGACCGAUUUGUGUGGUAUCUGGACCCUAUCGGUGCCAUUUGCAUCGCACUUCUUAUCCUAUUCUCCUGGGUUUCGAAUGCAUUUGACCAGGUUUGGCUUCUGGUUGGCAAGUCAGCACCAAGGGGCUUUGUCUCCAAGCUCAUUUACAUGUCAAUGACUCACGAUACUCGCAUUCUGAAGGUCGACACGUGCCGAGCGUAUCAUGCCGGGCAGAAUUAUUAUGUUGAGAUUGAUAUUGUCAUGGACGAGUCCACCCCCCUGAAAAUAUCCCACGACGUUGCGCAGGAAUUGCAGCGAAAGGUUGAAGGCCUGGGAGAUGUCGAGAGAGCUUUCGUCCACGUCGACUACUCAGAAGCGCACGACCCUCAUGAGGAGCACAAGCCAUUGUAA